AUGGACGCAGAACACCAGGCUUUAGCAGAGACCUACAGGCAGGCGUUUGAGCCUGCUGAGUACCUGCGCUACAACUACAGCUAUCCACGUUCAGACUUCUCCAAGGAGGACAGCUUCACCGUGUGGCUGCUGAAAACCCUGCACAGGGCUUUUACUGAAGGUGACAUCAAAGGAGGGGUGCUGCUGGACGUUGGUUCAGGUCCGACUCUUUACCAGCUGAUGGCAGCAUGCGAGAUCUUCGACAAGGUGAUCAUGAGUGACUUCCUGGAGGCCAACCGACACGAGCUGAGGAACUGGUUGGAGAACAAUGGGAAGUGCAGCCUGGACUGGUCUCCAUUCUUCAAGUACGCCUGCAAGCUGGAGGGACGAGAGGCCUCUGCUUGGGAAGAAAAAGCUGCACGGCUCAGAGAAGUGGUCAAAGACAUCGUCCACGCCGACGUCCACCUCCCUCAGCCAGUGAGCCCAGAUGUGCUCCCCCCUGAAGGAGCCGACUGUAUUGUCUCCUGCUUCUGUGUGGAUGCUGCCAGUCUCAACAUGGCCACCUAUUCACGGAACCUGGGCCAUGUCGUGUCUCAGCUGAAGCCCGGCGGUCACCUUUUGAUCAAAGGGGCUGUAGGGAUGACAUAUUGGUGUGGAGGUCCCAAAGCUAAGAUGCCUAUGUUCCCAUUCACUGAGGCUCAGAUCUGUCAGAUACUCAGCGAGAAUGGCCUGAGUCUCAUUCGACUGGAAAUUUACCCACUACCCACAAAACCUGAGACGACAGAUGAUGGCAGAGCACUUUACUUCGCCAAGGCCAAAAAGAACUGA